UAGCCGGGACAUAUUAACUCAUACGGAGCAUUAACGAAAUAUAUAGGAGAUUCCAAAUUCUCCUCCACUCUUAAGGACUUCUCUUCUAUUAGGACUUUUACUCUGCCUGGUUUUGGGAUCCAAACUCUUCAAUCACGGUGUAUAAAUAUCAACCCAACUGGUUCCCUUCUGCAUCUCCAUCUUUUAGUCCAGACAGUCCGUAAAAGCUCAACCGAAAUUCUUGACGGCCUAAAGCUUGAUCGACGUCCUUGAAGCCGCACAGUAAUAGGUGAGUUUCUUUUCCAUUCUUUCUCUAUUCAGCUUUUUUUCUUUUACCGUAUCGCAGGAGAUAUCAUGAAGAGGCAAAGCUGCACAAGAAAUUUACUGGUAGUCUUAACAAAACCAAAUCCCGUGGCACCAUUUGUUGGAGAGAAAAAUUGAAGUUCAAAGCUCUGGGGGCUCAUCUCCGUCGUUGCUGUGAGAAGCCAGAGGUUGAGUUCUAGAUUGAAUUGCUGCCGGCCAGAAUUUGCUCGAUGCAGCAGACAGAGCUUUCAAGAAGGAUUGUUGCAUAUUUUCUCCUCCGUCCGUUCGCUCAUGGAAGAAGAGGUAUUCCAGUGUCGAAGAUGAAUGUCUAAGGCUUUAUCGGGCUGAAGAAGAAAUCGGCUAAAGAGCCGAAGAAGAAGGAAGCGGAUCUCCAGAAGACCGCUGGUGAUACCUUGCCGAGGGGUUCUGGUCCCUUGGGUUUGCCUGCUGAUGAGGUCGCCGGUGCUGCCAAGAGGAAAGCAGCCGGCAAGGACGCCGCCCCCUUCGACAAGAAGGCGAAGAAGCAGGGGACCGGGACGAAGGCUCCCCCGGUCUUGAUAGUCGAGGACCAGCCGACUUCUGAGCCCUCGGUUGUGGCGGCCUCGGCUUCGGUCGAAGCUCCAUCGGGCCUCUCUCCCCUGGAGGUUGUCGACCAGAAGGCGUUCUUAAGGAGCAUUGCUACGGGGAUGGAUAGGUCAUCCCUCGGCACUUAUGACGACGACUCACUCGAAGAAAAGAUCCUCCGGUCUUCCUUGACUCUUGCAUUGCCCUCGGGGAGCAGUCUCGGAGGUUAGAGGAGUGACGCCUUCAUAAGGCCGAGCAGGAUGAGAAGAUGAAACAGCUCAUCCAUCAGAAUUCCGACGUCGUAAGGCAGAUGGCCCAGCUGGAGGAGAGCCUUCGGCAGAUGGAGCUGCAAGUGAAGGCAGCUAACCGGGGCAAGGCGGAAGCCGAGAGGUCUGCUGCUGAGGCCAUGAAGAAGGCUGCCGAGGAGGCCGAGGCCGCCAAGGCAGAGGCUGUCUCCAAGGCGCGGGAGGAUGCCCUCUGUGAGUUUCUGGAGGUGGGGUGGAAGGCCGAGGGACGCAAGCAGUGGCUGUCCUCGGUUGUGGAGGCAUCUGUUGAAGAAUGGUGUGAGGGCCCCGGUGUGGAAUGGUUGGCCUGAAAGGGAAAAGAAUAUUACAAAGGGGGCGAGUUCUUUACUCAGGCCCUCAUCUACCGGAGGAUGGCCCGACACUUGAAGAUGGAGCCCAAAGAUUUUGAUCCGGCAGCAUACGGCCUUCCUCCUCUGCAGCCUGAUGUUCGCGUGCCCCUUCCCCCAGACGUUGAGAGGCCAGAUUUGGAGGAUUCAGAACUCAUGAGGGACGCCGAGGGCGAAGAGGAGGCCAGAGGGGAAGUAACAUUGAAGCAUGCGGUAGAGGAUGCCUCCGAAACCAUCAAUGUUUAGCUUGUACUUAGAAAUCUUUUGUAACAAACAUUUGUAUGCUUCCGGCUUCGGCCAUGACUGUAAACAAUUUUUUAUUCCCUGCUGAUGGAUGAAUGCCUGCCUUCGGGCCUUUUAUAUAUAAUUUGCUUUUUUC